UCUGUUUUCUAAAUAUCUCCAACUAAAUUCUAUGAGGGCACAAUUAAUGGUUUACGCUAUUUUAACAUAAUAUGUUAAAAUACAGGAAUUACUAGGAUUUUCCUACUUUUCUGAAUAAGCCCUAUACUUCUGCUGUAUCUGAACUACAGACUGGUGCAUUGUCCUGAAACAGUAGUCCAGGGAAGCUGUUGAAAACAUUCAGAGGAUUCUAGCCUGGCUACAUGAGCCAUCCUUUUAUUGUGGGUUUUGACAGGAUAGUAAGCUUUUAGAAAUAAAAAUUAUAGCAUUCCCCUUCCCCCCACCCUGAACUGCUUUUACAUUUUGUGUGUGGGUGAUGAGUUCUCCAAAUAUUUUUCCACAAUGGCAAAAAAAAAAAAAAACUGAAAAAGAAAAAUUUCAAUGGGUUCUUAAACAGGCCUGUUUGCGACGAGCUGCUUUUGGGUGUCUUAAAAAGACUAGCUUGUGGUACUGUUUGUAGUGAUAAUAACAAUUUGUAAAAUAGAGAUACCAUCUUUCUUAAGAGAAAGUGAAGAUACUUGCUUACAGUCAGAGUCAAGCCUCCAUCUUUGCUUUCAAGCAGAGGUUUUGCACAGCCCUGCGUAGCCCUUCCGUCAGGCUGUGUGCCUUGCUACCUCUUCCUCCUUCUCUCCUGUGGAAAGUGGCAGUCUUAUUUGCUCUUCCCUUUCUUGGGCUUCCUCAAAUCACUGUGUUCUGCUCUGCCUGGAAGGGCACUUACUAAAUAUCUUCUCUGAAAGCUCUUCUGACAAACCCUCUAUAGCCUACUCCGUAAAGGCUCCUUGAUAUUUUGUUUGCUCUAUAGCAAAGGACUCCUGGCAGGUCUGUCCUGUUUGAUCAUAGGACCCUCACCGAGGAGCUACCGAGGGUGAUCUCUGUCAAUCCUGAACACCUCACGAUUCAAAGAGCAGGCUUUCUUCAAGGUGAUAGACUUCUGUAAGUUGCAUCGUGUAAGUGUUCUGAGCACGAGAGAUGUCACCAGUUGAUACUCUGGAGCUCGCUCCUGUGCUGAUAUCUCACUGUGCCCUCUAAACCCUGGACACGAGUCUCGUUCUUGAGAUAUUAUCUCAAAGGUAUUGUUUGUCUCUCUUGUUUAAUUCUGUCCCACGGCCAUUUUCUGCAACUGUUAAUUUCUCCAAACUGUUGUAUAAUCCUGGUCAGUCAGAUGACCCACAAUAUGCCAGCCUUUUCACGAGCUGUCUUGAAGAUAUUUUCAGUAAGUUGUGCAACUGUAUUGUUAUUGUACCAAAGAAAACAGUCUUUGCCAUUUGAAAACCCGAACUGCUUUUUUGUGCUUAAAAAAAAUAACAAAAGAAAAAACACCACAGAUUCAAUAACCACAUCAGACUGUCUAUAGAAUACUCCUAUAAACAUUUUCUAAAAACUGUGAUCAUCACUGGAAAUAGUAACUUGCAAGAUUCAGUAUAUUGACAAUACCUGCAAAUUAAGACAACUCCACUCAAAAAGCUAGCAGCUUUCCAGAAUGCACCAGGAAUGCAGUAUACAACCAUGCUGUCAGACACGAACUGUAUUUUUUUUCUGAGCACAGUAUUACAGUUGUUCUUAAUAAUGUAAGGAGGACGAUUCUAAAAGGUUCUUCUUGCAUAAUAAUAGGUGCAGUCCAGAUAUGAUGUAUGAAUUUAAGACGGAAAGAAAACCACACCAGUCAUACCUAAUGUAGAACUAUACAGAACAUCCUUAAGUGCUUACAGCAUACUCUAGAAGAAGAUUCUCUCUUGAAAUAAAUAUUUGCAGAACUGUCGCUUUGCAGGGUUAAUACCAGUCCUUCAACCUCCCUAUAUUAAUCCAAAACAAAUUCCUUGUGGGCCAGGGUUCACCUAAUGGAAAUGGACUUUACCUAACCAAUAAAUAUAAAAUUUAUCAGUGCAUCUUUCUCCCACAAAAGAACAACUGAAGAGCCCGAUCUCUGUGCAUGCAUAUGAUAGAAUGCAGUAGACUUUAUUCAUCACUCCCAAUGGCCUUGUGGAAAUUCUGUGUUAAGCUAAAAAAGUCGCUGUGUGUUAGAAUAAAACUACACAGAUAACUGGUAAAGGACGGGCAUUCUUGGUUACCGGUAGAAGGGUACUUCUCACAAAUCCAAAGCUUGUUUUGUGACCUGCCAGCCCUGAUCUUCAAAUGAAACUGGUAAAAUACUUAGAAGAUUCUGGGAGGUAACAUUCAUAACCUUACUGAAUAGUAAAAACUAUGCUGUGUUACCAUGCACUGCCAAACAUCAUCAUUACCUUAUUUUUCUGUCCUUUAUCCUUCAUUGGCUUGAAUGAUCUUAAUUCAUCUGAGGUCAAAUUUUUAUGUAUUUGUGUUUAAAAUAGCCCUUCCCCCAACAGGCUUGCAAGCACUUUUUUCGGCUUUGAACAUUUCCACAUACUGUACUGGGUGAGAAGUAUGCUCUGGUAAGAACCAGCAAAAUUAGAAAUUUUCACUCACUUGGUGGUGUUCUUGCAUGUAGAAAAUUGGUUUGUGACUCUCUGGAGUCACUUAGUCCAUGUUCUGAAGAGAGGUUUCCGAUAGCUCUGCCCAAUUACUGCUUGUAAAAGACCUGGUUUAUCAGUUGGUGACCAAUUCUUUGCACCCGAAUACAUCUACUAUGAAAUGAAGUUGCAGAUCUGCUGUCAAGAAACAAGUCCUCAUUAGCCUUAGCAGAGAGCGUGUUGAUCUUAAUAGUGAUAAAGACAUCACACUGUCUGUGCAGCGAUCUGGAUUUCUGUGCAGGUAGACAAGCAAAUUGUUUGCCUAACGUUUCCAGGAGGACUGCUCAGCUGCUGCUGCAGCCAGCUUGCCUUGUCUUUGCUUCUGUUGCCACUUUGAAGUAGCCCUGUUUUUUUAAGUUCCACUUUAUUUUCAUCUCAUAGCCUACAAAACAGAUUUACUCUAAAAAAUAAAGCUUCCAAAAUACACUCUUUUGUUUAGUUUUCUGAGUAACAGAGUAAGCUAUGUGAAACUAAUACUAUAAAAUUUACUCUGACCUUUUUUCUGUCAGUAACAGCCUUCAGUGUCACUGAAAUGUCUUCAUAUCUGGUUGCUGAACACCUCAUACUCCUCCCUUUAGCCAGUUAUCACAAUGACAGCUCUUCUUUGAAUGAGGAGAUAGAACAAGUAUUUGCUGAUUCCUAUUUCUUCAAUUAGUCAACAGUUUAAAAAAAAAAAAAGAGCAACAGCUUGGCAUCUGUGCUAUUUUCUAGUUCUGGUAUAAUCAAAGUGAGAGUUUCAAUUAGGGAACCUUAUUUUGCAUGUGAUUUGUGAUUAAUAAAGACAGGUAUAUUGCUUAAGGGGAAAAUUAAGUGACAUCUGGAUGAUAUAAGCUUUCAUCUUCAGGACUGCAUUUUCCAAUAUAUUACUGAUACUUUGUCAAAUGUUUAAGUAGUUUAGUAGUCUUCAGUUUGGUUUAUGUACUAGUAUUUGCUUUUAGUUCAGUUAAGGCUGUUGGAAGUAAUUACAGUGAAACCCAUGAAGAAGAGCUGAAGGUAAAUCCAAGCCAGGAAGGCUGUACCACUAAACAGAGACAUAAGGGAUUUUUAGCCAUACAAUCCUCUUCCUUCAAUGAACAUUUAUAUAUGCAGUUCAUAUGUCCAGUUCCAUCCAUAACUGAGAAAUUGUCUGGACUAGUGGAGACUGAGCUGCUGUGCAGCACUGUGCUUAUAAGCAAUGUUUUGACCAUCUCUAGCUGCCUUAUAGACCAGCUUUUCCUGAAAGGAGAUGACCUGGCUUUUGUUGGAUUUUUCCGUGCUGCUUCACAGCUUGAAUACAUCAGUGCAGCCAGCCUGUUAAUAUUCAUUCUUACAAAGUUUCAGCUAGUAAAUAAUAUACUUAUGAGAUGUGUUGAUGGCAUCAGAAAGCAGGAUGUCAGCAGGAAGUCUUUCCCUUUCUGCUCUGGCUUCUUAUGGUUUCUAUAGCUUCAAGUUAAGGACCCGAGUCCUUUAUCUUUCACAUGCUUGCUGGCCUGAGUGUAACAAAACGGAAAGAUCACAAAGAAAUCUUGAAUAAGAACAACAGGCUGCAGGUUGGAUGCAACAGCAAGGAUAGAGCUUGUUUGGGCAGUGUGUGGAGCCGUCCCAGGACUGCUCUGGGGCACUGCAAUGAAGGUGCAGAGAAGUGUUUGCUUCAGGUGGUGGCAGCUGCUGUUGGCUUUCUGACAGUUUCCAGUGUCAUUACCAUGUCAGCCCCUUUCUUUCUGGGGAAAGUUAUUGACAUUAUUUAUACAAAUCCCAGUGAAGACUUCACUGACAGCCUGACCAGCCUGUGUGCCUUGCUGAGUGGAAUCUUUCUAUGUGGUGCUGCCGCUAAUGCUACUCGUGUCUACCUCAUGCAGACUGCAGGACAAAGAAUUGUGAAGCGUUUGAGAACAACCAUGUUCUCCUCUAUUCUGAAGCAAGAAACCGCUUUCUUUGACAAGACCAGAACAGGAGAGCUGAUAAACCGCUUAUCUUCGGAUACAGCCCUCUUGGGCCGUUCAGUGACUGAAAACCUUUCAGAUGGGCUCCGGGCAGGAGCACAGGCAUCUGUGGGGGUUGGAAUGAUGUUUUUUGUGUCUCCUAGCCUUGCUGCAUUUGUUCUGAGCGUUGUGCCACCCUUGGCUGUCCUGGCUGUGAUUUAUGGAAGAUACUUGCGAAAACUAACUAAAAUGACCCAAGAUUCUCUCGCAGAAGCAACACAAUUAGCUGAAGAGCGUAUUGGAAACAUAAGAACAGUUCGAGCUUUUGGACAAGAAGUGGCUGAAGUGGGAAAGUAUACAAAUAAAGUUGAUUAUGUACUACAACUGGCUAAAAAAGAGGCACUAGCUCGGGCAGGCUUCUUUGGAGCAACUGGCCUUUCAGGAAACUUAAUUGUCCUCUCAGUCUUAUACAAAGGAGGAUUACUAAUGGGCAGUGCCUACAUGACAGUUGGUGAACUCUCAUCUUUCCUAAUGUAUGCUUUCUGGGUUGGAAUAAGCGUUGGAGGUCUAAGUUCCUUUUAUUCUGAGCUGAUGAAAGGACUAGGUGCUGGUGGACGUCUUUGGGAACUUAUUGAAAGGAAGCCCCAACUUCCGUUUAAUGAGGGAAUCACACUAGGCAAAGACACGUUCAAAGGUGCUUUGGAAUUCAAGGAUGUUGAGUUUGCAUAUCCAACACGUCCAGAAACAUCCAUUUUCAAAGAUUUUAGCCUUUCCAUUCCAGCUGGCUCUGUUAUGGCUCUGGUUGGCCCAAGUGGUACAGGGAAAUCAACUAUCGUAUCCCUUCUGCUGAGGCUGUAUGAUCCUAUCUCAGGUACUAUCACCGUUGAUGGCUUUGAUAUCCGUCAGUUAAAUCCACUGUGGUUCAGGACAAAGAUUGGAACAGUGAGUCAGGAACCAAUUCUGUUCUCCUGUUCUAUUGCUGAAAAUAUUGCCUAUGGUGCAGAGGAUCCUUCUACUGUGACUGCAGAGGAGAUUCAGAAAGUUGCUGAAAUAGCUAAUGCUGCUAGUUUUAUCAGAGAUUUUCCAAAAGGCUUUGACACUCUAGUUGGAGAAAAAGGCAUUUUGCUUUCAGGUGGACAGAAGCAACGAAUUGCAAUUGCUCGAGCUCUGCUCAAGAAUCCUAAAAUUCUUCUGUUAGAUGAAGCAACGAGUGCUUUGGAUGCUGAAAAUGAAUAUCUAGUGCAAGAAGCUCUGGACCGGCUGAUGGAAGGGAGGACAGUCCUAAUUAUUGCUCAUCGUCUGUCUACUAUUCAGAAUGCUGAUUUUGUUGCAGUCCUUGGCCAGGGUAAAAUUCUUGAAUGUGGAAAACAUGAGGAACUACUUGCAAAUCCAAAUGGACUUUUCAGGAAACUAAUGCAGAAACAAGCUUUUCUUCAGAAUAAUGGUACUUUUGCAUUAGAUUUACAAUCCAGAGAAAAGCAUGUAUUAAAAGAAAAUGUAUGAGAAUGUAUGAAUAACAGAAGCUUACAAACUACAAAGAAUAUAACUUAUGUUUCAGUUAUGUAAAGUAAAUGUUAUAUUUUUCCAAAAUGUACAAAAUAUUCUUUUGAAACUUAAAUGUGUUUAAACUUUUUAUUGAAAGCUUUUUAAUAAUUAUUGCAACUUUUUAAAAUGUCUAUCACAUUGAGAUAAUUUCAGUGUAUAGAUUUUUCUCCUUUGUGUUAUGUUAAUUGAGACCAUUUAGAAUCUUGUUUGCUGAAAUGCACUGUACGAUGGUGUGCUGCAUUCUCAAGUAAAUUCAGUAUUUUAAGGGUAAUUAAAUGACAAUCUUACCAUUUUCAUAUCAUUGUCUCUUCCCUUUUCAAGGAACUUUUGCUUUCUGUGCUUGUCAGUAGUCUUAAAAUGCUGGAAUUCAAAAAUGCAUGACACUAACGUACUCUGAAAGUUCUGACUUCCACUGCACUGUCCUUUCAGUUACCAUUUGUUCUGAAAUCUGAAAGUUUAUUAUGAUCACCAUCUACAGUUACUGUAGAGAAUUACAUAUGAGAACACAUUUUAGCAAGUAUGGAAGCAUGAGCUGGAGGAAAGUUCUUUAAACAAACAAACAAAAAAACCAACAAAAACCCCCAACCAAACAAAAAACCUAACUGACUUUACAUAAGGACAAAGGAAGUGUAUUAGUAUACUAAGUCAGCAUAGGAAAAUCUAAAAUUUGCAUGCAUUUUCUUCCCUUCCCUACUUUCCCAGUCCUUUAGGUUCACUUCCUUUCUAAGAUGACAUUCAAAAGCAUGCGCUCUUACAUAUGUAAGUUUUUGUCCUUUUUUAAGGCUUAUGUAAGUUUUUUAUUGUUGCUUAAAAUUUCAUUCAUAGAAAUCCCGAGUUUGGCCUAACUGCCUUGUUAGGGACAACCAGGAAACUACCUUCUCAAGGACAACUAGUAAAAUAAGAGCUUUACAUUAAUUUGAUUAACUGCAGGAGGGUACAUUUAGCAGUAAAGAGUAGGCUUCAUGUUUCUAAUUAAAGAAUCUUUUCCAACGGAAUCUCUCUAAACUUCUGAAGGUGCAAAACCCCACAAGGUAAUUUAAAAAAGCUAGAAAAUGUCCAGGUCACAUUAAAAAUCAUCCAUGCUAGGAAAACUUGUUGCUGGAAAACUUUAUUGGCAAUAUGUGAGAUACCUAGUGCUGGGCAAGCUUAAGAUGUUUAUCUAAUAUGCCAUUAAUGGCAUUUUGUGGAACAUAGUGAAAACACUAAAGAGAUGCCUGUGCUAGGGAAUGAAAAGAAAAUUACAUCCAGAUGUAAUUUUAUCUUCUGAUAUAGUUUUACUAGAAGCAGAUAUUGUACUAAAGAUAUGCCAAAAAUGCCACUGACUCAGUGUUUAAUUUCAGUGUUGACUACCAAUUAUUCUCUUUAUAAUGUAUUUAGAGGGGCUUGAACUUUAAUCUUUACUCAUGUAAUCGCUCCUUAUGUGAGAUGCAAUGAGCCCCUUUAUUCAUGUGUUUACACAGGUUACAGGAAUUACUUGCAGCCAAACUGAAUUAAUGUUUUAUGUCUUUUGUUCAUUAGUUGUUCUGGCAGGGUUGCAGUCUACCGAAAAGUGAAAAGCUACAGAAAAGCUCUAGUCCACUGAAAGGUGAAUGUCUGUCAUAACAGGUACAUUGGAUAACAGACUUUAUACAGGUUAGAACUACUCCAAAUACUCCUUAGAACAAACCACAGACCUGAACGAGGUGAGAAAACAGAGUUUCUUAGUAAUCUGCAAGUAGAAAGCUUUGCUGGACAACUACAGAUUUGUGGUUUACGCACCUGCGAUGUACGUGAUGUGUGCAUGUGGCAUGCUGUAUACUUCCACAGCAGUGCUAGUCAACACUGGGUAUGGUUGCAUUUUUUAACUGUAGGAGCCCUGGUAGAUUAAUGAGGAAAAAGUGUGAGAAAGAGAAAAAUUAAACUAUUGCAUUCUUUUUGUUACAAGAGUUGAAGACCUUCCUGUCUAAGGUGGAAACUGUUGGUGUAUCAUUAACAAUCCUGAUAGGCAUCUUUUGCUAAGGACCACUAUUUCAUGCUGCAGCCUUGCAUACCAUGGUCCAUAGGACAAAAAUGGGCUCUGCAACGUAGAAAAGACUUAACGUGAGAAUAUCUGACUGUGCAUCAGAAAGAAGUAUAAACCAAACUUUCUCAGAGUCACUGACUCCUAUUUUCCAUCAUUGCCCCCUUCAGUUUUUAGUAAUACUGCAUUUCUGCUAUUUGUUUUGUUUAAGCUACUGUCAGUACAAAGAGGUUCAGUUCCAUGAGGGAUGGUAUUAACAGCUCAAAACACAGCUGUGCUACUCCUAGUGUAUUCCAGAGGCCAAAAGGUACUCAGAAAUUCUUUUGACUGCAGGUAAACACAAUUUAAAUCAAAUUAAACUUAUCCAACAUUUCCUGAAAGAAAGGCCAGACCUUAUUCAGAAUUGUUAGAGGUUUCAAAGUGUCCGUGUAGCCCUGGUGCAGCACAUUACAUAAGACCAUGUCUCUUUUAUGCCACACACGCUAGUGUUCAACUUUGGCCUAAACAUAUCUUCUCUGUGUAGAAAAGUAGUAAAGAUGAUUUCCCAGACAUUCAAAAAUAAAUGUAAUUAACUUUACAUGCACACAUGUAUAUCAAAUAUGUAAUAUAAACAUUUUUCAGUUUCUAUCACUAGUUGCCAUAUUUUAGUUGAUACCUAUGGGCAUCAUUUUGAAGUCUUUUAGUAAUACUGCCUUUCUUGCCUUGGAGGCCAGAACUAUUUCCUUCCUUAACUUCUGCUACUCAGUCAUGACUUCUGGGGUUUAAAUACUGUAUCUAAUGGCUUUCAAAACUACCUUGCUAAAUUGAAUGUGUUAGUUAGGGUUGAGUAUUUGGAGACCAAAUGACAGGUCAGCUCUCAAUGUACGCUUAAUCCCUUUACUGUGUUCCUAAUUAGUUUUCUGAUUCUUGACAGCAUGAAUGUUUUCCUGAGAGAAAUAACAUACUGAAAAUAAAGUGUCUUGAAUAACUUUA